AUGCCUUUGAUAGAAGAAUUACCAGUCACCACCACCGCCCGCGCUUCUCAUGGCUGGACCUACGUCCCCGACAAUGUGGCCCCCAUCCCUGCCGUCCAGCUGGGCUCCCGCAAACGCGGCCGUGACGGAGCAGUAGUACAUGCGCCUGCACAUAAACUCUCUGCGAAGCAAGAAAAGGCCAUCCAACAGCGACUGAAUGACUUGAACAAGGAAAAUUACCGCGAGGCCAAUAUUCCGAUACCUAAACGAGAGGGCGCGAGGGGGAAAGAGAGGAAGACCACACAAAAUGUGAGACGGAUUCUCGCCUACAACAGGACAUUCCAGCAUUAUCUUGCGGACGAGGAAGCCGGGGUGAAUGUCUAUGGCAGUGCUGCCAAUGUACCCCCUGCCACAAGUGCGAAAGGUCAAGCGAGACAGGACCAGACCCAGAAGUCGGCGACGGAUCCUAGGAGGCGCAGUGCUGCUGCCAACGACACUCCGUCGACGACUGCCCAGAAAGGAGCUUCCCAACGUCGGAGCUCGUUGAAGCAUGCCAAAUCCAAGCCUGCGAAGGCCACAGGAGGCGAAAGCGCCAACAAUGUUGAUGUCGAAAUGCCUGAUGCUCCUCCAUCUAUGGAACCCUCAGACCCAGCCUCGCCAACAACACCUUUCAAGUCGCCUACUACAUCCCGAGAUAAACAACAACCAACCUCAUCUCCGUCAGCGGGUCAACCACCACCUCCAGCCUAUGACCCAGCUCUGGACCGCGAUCCGCUGCUCCGCACACUGGAUAUUCCCAAGAUGCCAUCAGAACGCGUCAUGCAAGCGCUCCUGUCCGAACCUCCGCUAAGUUACGUUGCCGCGCGGGCAAAAACACUUGAUGACAACAGCCAGGGCGAUGGCACGUUCGCCAUGCGCACGGGGAACAACUCACUCAUGGCCAAGCCACAGCGCUGGUUCUGCUCCGUAUGUGGCUACUGGGGCAAAGUGAGGUGUAAGUAUGGAUGUGGAGAGCGGGUGUGUGGCUUGCUGGAUUGUUGGAAGGGCCACGAAGCGGUUUGUACGUUGGCGGCAACAGGUUACUGA